CGCCAUUUUCCCAGAGAGAGCCAGUGACAUAGAAGGGAGCGUAGGAGGCUGAAAGGAGGGAGACACGGGAGCAGCGGCGGCAGCGGGGUUUGUACACAGGUCCCAAGGCAAAGGCGCUUCCGAGCUGGUCCCUGUAGGGUUCUGUGCACUGAGCUAGGUUUGGGGGGAGGGGGGGUCUCCUCUUUCCUUUCUUUCCCUUUUCUUUCUUUUACCAGAGCCUGCUGAGGGUUGAGUCCUGCCUAGGGUAGGGAUAUCCGCAGUGGGGCUGUUGCAUUGUUUUGGUUGGGAUAGAGAAGGGGCUCAGCUGAGGGGUGCUGCUGCCUGGCCUGUGACCAUUACAGUCUCAUAUUUUGUCUAACUUCCACUGAGAGAAGAAAAGGAGGAGUGAAGAGAGAGAAGAGGGUUUGUGGAUGCACUUAGAUGUUUGCAAUGAGCACUGUGGCUGGCAUGCCCCAGUGUUUUGGAUACCAAUGCAUAGGACUCCGUAGUAAUCGAAUUUAUCAGAAACGAACGUCAUGAGCAUAGUGAUCCCAUUGGGGGUUGACACAGCAGAUACUUCUUAUUUGGAAAUGGCUGCAGGCUCAGAACCAGAAUCUGUAGAAGCUAGCCCUGUGGUAGUUGAAAAAUCGAACAGUUAUCCGCACCAGUUGUAUACCAGCAGCUCGCAUUCACACAGUUACAUUGGUUUGCCCUAUGCAGACCAUAACUAUGGUGCUCGGCCUCCUCCAACGCCUCCAGCUUCUCCUCCUCCAUCAGUGCUUAUAAGCAAGAAUGAAGUAGGCAUAUUUACCACUCCCAACUUUGAUGAAACCUCCAGUGCUACUACCAUCAGCACGUCAGAGGAUGGAAGCUAUGGAACUGAUAUUACCAGAUGCAUUUGUGGCUUUACACAUGAUGAUGGAUAUAUGAUCUGUUGUGACAAGUGCAGUGUCUGGCAGCACAUUGACUGCAUGGGGAUUGACAGGCAGAAUAUUCCUGACAUAUAUCUGUGUGAACGUUGUCAACCAAGGAAUUUAGAUAAAGAAAGGGCAGUGCUGUUGCAACGAAGGAAAAGGGAAAAUAUGUCAGAUGGGGAUACCAGCGCAACAGAGAGUGGUGAUGAGGUUCCUGUGGAACUGUAUACUGCUUUUCAACACACACCAACUACAAUUACUUUAACUGCUACAAGAGUUACAAAAGUCAAUGAUAAGAAAAGGAAAAAAAGUGGAGAAAAAGAACAGAACAUAGCAAAAUGUAAAAAAGCAUUUCGAGAAGGAUCCAGGAAAUCUUCACGAGUAAAGGGCUCAGCUCCAGAGAUUGAUCCUACCGACAGUUCAAACUUUGGAUGGGAAACUAAAAUCAAGGCAUGGAUGGAUCGUUAUGAAGAAGCAAAUAAUAACCAGUACAGUGAGGGUGUCCAGAGAGAGGCGCAAAAAAUAGCUCUGAGAUUAGGCAAUGGAAAUGACAAAAAAGAAGUCAGCACCAGCAAUCUGAUUUUCAAACCACCAGUAGAGAGUUACGUGCAAAAAAACAAGAAAAUUUUAAAAGCUGCCAAAGACUUGCCUCCUGAUGCACUUAUUAUUGAAUACAGAGGAAAGUUCAUGCUGAGAGAACAAUUUGAAGCUAAUGGAUAUUUCUUUAAAAGGCCAUACCCAUUUGUCUUGUUUUAUUCCAAAUUCCAUGGACUAGAAAUGUGUGUUGAUGCGAGGACUUUUGGAAAUGAAGCUCGAUUCAUCAGGCGUUCAUGUACGCCAAAUGCGGAGGUGAGGCAUGUAAUAGAAGAUGGAACAAUUCAUCUUUACAUUUACUCCAUCCAUAACAUUCCAAAGGGAGCAGAGAUUACUAUAGCAUUUGAUUUUGAUUAUGGAAAUUGUAAAUACAAAGUGGAUUGUGCUUGCCUCAAAGAAAAUCCAGAAUGUCCAGUUCUCAGACGUUCUGAACCUACAGAAAACAUCAAUACUGGAUAUGAAACCAGAAGGAAGAAGGGAAAGAAAGAGAAAGAUGUCUCAAGAGAAAAGGAGACUCAAAAUCAGAACAUCACAUUGGACUGUGAAGGAGCAGCCACCAAAAUGAAGAUUGCAGAUAAUAAACAGAGGAAGCUCUCUCCCCUCAGGCUGUCCAUUUCUAAUAAUCAGGAGCCAGAUUUUAUUGAUGAUAUAGAAGAAAAAACUCCCAUUAGCAAUGAAGUAGAAAUGGAAUCAGAGGAGCAGAUUGCAGAAAGGAAAAGGAAGAUGACAAGAGAAGAACGGAAAAUGGAAGCUAUCCUGCAAGCUUUUGCCAGACUAGAAAAAAGAGAAAAAAGAAGAGAACAGGCUUUGGAAAGAAUCAGCACAGCAAAAACUGAGGUUAAAUCAGAAUGCAAGGAAGCACAGAUUCUCAAUGAUGCUGAAUUUAUUCAGGAACCAGCAAAAGAAGAAACUGCCACCAAGCCUACCCCAGCCAAAGUUAAUAGAGCUAAACAGAGAAAAAGCUUCUCUCGGAGUAGAACUCACAUUGGACAGCAGCGCAGACGACACAGAACUGUCAGCAUGUGUUCAGACAUCCAGCCGUCUUCUCCUGACGUGGAAGUAACUUCCCAACACAAUGAAACUGAGAAUGCUGCACUGGUAGCUGAGCCUGAGACAGAGACCAUUGUUACAGAAAUGGUUACUGAAACGGAAGCUCCAGCACUUAAUAAAUGCCCUACUAAGUAUCCGAAAACAAAGAAGCACUUGGUCAGUGAAUGGUUAAGUGAAAAGAGUGAUAAAACAGGGAAGCCUACAGAGAGUGUGUCAGAAAGGCCUCUACGUAUAACUACCGACCCUGAAGUUCUGGCUACUCAGCUGAAUUCUUUACCAGGUCUCACUUACAGUCCACAUGUAUACUCAACUCCAAAGCACUAUAUUCGUUUUACUUCACCAUUCCUUUCAGAAAAGAGGAGGAAAAAAGAACCUGUGGAAAACAUUACUGGCUCUUGUAAGAAGCGUUGGUUGAAGCAGGCUUUGGAAGAAGAAAUCUAUCAAUCAGUGUUGAAUUUUAACUCGCCAUCACAAGAGAGAUCUAGAAGUCCGGCCAUCAAUGGUGAAAAUAAAAGUCCUUUGUUAUUGAAUGACAGCUGUUCCUUAACAGAUCUAACAACACCACUAAAAAAACGACGACUGUAUCAGCUGCUGGAGUCUGCGUUCUCAGAAACCUCCACACCUACUCCUUCUCCCUAUGCCACACCGACUCAUGCUGACAUCACUGCCUCCGAGCCAUCCUUGUUUGCUACUCCUCCGAGGGUAAAAACAGAAGAUGAAGCUUGUAGAAAUGGUUACAAACCCAUCUAUUCACCAGUUACUCCUGUAACUCCAUGUCUACACGGCAAUACCAUGCACUUUGAGAAUAUUUCCUCACCUGACAGUUCCCCAGAAAUAAAAAGGCGAGCUUACAGUCAAGAGGGAUAUGACAGAGCGUCGAUUCUAGCACUGAAUUCUUUCAGAAAUUCCAACCUGACAGAAAUGGGCCUGCAAGAAAUAAAGACUAUUGGAUAUUCCAGUCCAAGGAAUAGGACUGAUGUCACGCGGCAGUGCACUGGAGAAAUGGAAUCUGUGUCAGACCUCCAGCUGGGACUCGAAGUAAUUGAGCAAAGUGCACUGCAUAAAAACCUGGAAGCCCCCCCACAUGAUAGGACUGAUUCAAACAGCCAGUUAGAAACUGCUCAUUGUGGACGGGGCACAAUUUAUUCUUCCUGGGUAAAAAGUCCCGACAGGACAGGUGUAAAUUUCUCAAUGAAUUCUAAUUUGAGGGACUUGACCCCUUCACAUCAGUUGGAGGUAGGAGGUGGAUUCCGAAUAAGCGAGUCAAAGUGCCUGAUCCAAGACGAUGCUCGAGGCAUGUUCAUGGAAGCAUCUGUUUUUUGUACUUCAGAAGAUGGAAUUGCAUCUGGCUUUGGAAGGACUGUCAAUAAUGACAACUUGAUGGAUGGAAAUUGCACACCCCAGAAUCCUCCACAAAAGAAAAAGGUAUCCUUGUUAGAGUACCGUAAGAGACAACGAGAAGCUAGAAAAAGCGGCUCGAAGACGGAGAACUUCCCCCUGGUCACCGUGUCUCCUCAUGCUGCUGGUGGAGGAAAUACAAGUAGUAACAAUGGUGCUAACGAUGGGUAUAACAACAGUGGUGAAAAUGGGGAGCAAACAGAAAACACAGCAAGCCUGCCCUUACCACUGCCAGCUACUGUGUAUAAUGCAGCUCCAGAAGAUGGUGGCAACACCUGUGCAAUUAAGGAAUCUUCUUCCUCCAGUGAGAAGAAUGAACCAGAAGUUCAGUGGACCGCAUCAACCUCCGUGGAGCAAGUGAGAGAACGCAGUUACCAGCGAGCUUUGCUUCUCAGUGAUCAUAGGAAGGACAAGGACAGCGGGGGAGAGUCACCCUGUAGGCCAUGCUCACCGUCUCAUGUUCAGUCUCCACCUUCAUCUCAUUCAAAUCUCAUUUCCCAGUUGCAGCUUAAGGUCCCUUCUUUCACUGAAUUUAUGGAAGAACCUGAUCCUGAAAAUCCAGAGCCCACUUCUGAAUGUCCGUCCCCAGAUACUUCCCAGAAGACUUGCAAGAGUCCCUCAAAAGCAAGCAAGCCCCCCUCACCCAGUCCUGUCGUUUCAACGCAGCCCCUGGGGAAACCGCCCACGAAGCCGGAUUCGCACUGGGAGACCCCAGCGACCGCGCCCGAGGCCGAGAGCACCAAUCACCCCAAACCCGAGCUGCAGCAGAAACAGCUGACAAACAACGUCCAAGCACUUUCAAAAACCCAUCCAUCUCAACCCCACCUGCGCGGUUCCGCUGAGCAACUCUCCCAUUCACAGAAGUUGCCUUCUGCACCUUUGAAGCUGCAUUGCCCCCCUUCGCCUCACGUGGAAAACCCUCCCAAGGCCUCCACCCCCCACGCGCCCGUGCAGCACGGUUACCUGUCACCAAAGCCUCACUCGCAGCAGUUGGGAUCUCCCUACAGACCUCAUCACCCCCAGUCACCUCAAGUGGGAACCCCCCAGAGGGAGACACACCGCAGCUUCUACCCGGCAGCGCCCACCCUUCAGCCCGGUAACCAGCAGCCGGCCGGCGGGCCCCUCUUCACCCAGACAACGUCAGGACAAUCUUCAGCUUCCUACAGCCAGUUCAACCAACAGAACCUGAACAGCAGCGCCCCUCCUCCCCCGCCUCCCCCGCCCCCUUCUUCUACUUACUAUCAAAACCAGCAGCCCUCUGGAAACUUUCAGAGCUACAGCCAGCUGAAGGGCAGCAUACCCCAGCAGACUGUGUUCUCAUCCGGACCAAAUCAAGCCCUGCCCGGCGCCGCGGGUCAGCAGGCGGUGCCGGGACACCACGUCACCCCAGGGCAUUUUUUGCCCUCUCAGAAUCCCAGUAUCCAUCACCAGGCCUCGGCCUCUGCCGCUCCACCUCCUCCUCCGCCACCGCCCGCCCCGGGCCCUCACCUGGUCCAGCAGCAAAGUACUCAUCAGCAGCACUCUGUAGCACACGUCGUGGGGCCGGUGCACGCCGUGGCGGUAGCUCCCGGCUCCCACAUCCAUUCUCAAGCUGCUGGGCAUCACUUGCCGCCGCCGCCUCCGCCCCCGGGUCCUCUCCCCCACCACCAACCUCCCCACCCUUCCACGGGACACCAAGGUUUGCAAGCACAACACCAGCACGUCGUAAACUCUGCUCCCCCCCCCAUUGCCCCCCCCCCCGCCCCGGGGUUCUGCCCCCACCCCGGCUCCGUCAGCCUCCCCCACGCGGUGCAGGGGCCGCAGCAGGCCUCCCCGGUGCCCGGACAGAUCCCCAUCCACAGAGCACAGGUGCCGCCCACUUUUCAGAACAAUUACCAUGGGUCAGGGUGGCAUUAAAACGCGUCCCCUUAAUUCUCAACAUUUUUAAAAUGUUCUGUAAUAUAGACUGUGUAUAUUUCAUAUGUACCUGUUCAAGGUACUUUUUAAAGCUUGUACAUGAUACUUUGUAUAAAAGCGAAACACCAGUGCUCUUUCAUUGUAUCCUUUCCAUUUUUUGCUUUUUAAAAAUUCCUGAAAACGUGCUGUUAAGCCAGUAUUAGGUAUUUCUUUUUAUUUUGUAAGUGAACAUUCCAGCUGUUUUUUCUGGCAGUAGGUUUGAUGCUGCAUAAUCUUUAAAAUUUUAUUGUUGCAGUUAAAAUUCAUUUAGUGAAUGUUUUCUAUAUUACUUUUAUACAUAUGUAAUUAAAUAAGUACACAGGCUAAGUGAUGGCACUAACAAUUAUUUUUUUUUUCAUUUUCUUCUGUCAACAGUUCGUGUGCAUAGAGCUAGAAAACGAUGCAAUACAAAUUUUUAUAGUUUUGGUGUGGACAUGGCUUUUUGUUUCAUCAGUUAUUUGCAGAAAAUGUAAUUUAAUGUAUAGACUGUUUCUAAUGUCUCUGACGAGUGCUGUAAAUACUGUAUUUCUUUUGCUUGUAAAAUUGCUUAAAGCUUCUUUCAUUUGAUAUAGUAUUGUAUAUAAUAAGUCUCUUUUGCAAAAAAAAAAAAAGUGUGAUCUUUGUGAAAGUAGUACAGUAUAUGAUCUUUAAUUUUUUUUUUUUUAAUAUACUGUCACAUUGCAGCACUGGUUGGGCAUUUUAAUUCAUGUUAAUAAAUCACAACUAUGUCAGUUUUAAC